AUGAGGCAAGCAAGCAUUGCUGAUGAAGGUUCGAAUAGUUUGGAAUUGGACGGUAAUUUGUACGUUGGAGGACUGGGCCCUCCAUUCUCCGACAUCCCUGUUCCCUCUGGUCUGUGGACGGCCGUCCUUCAGCAGGGCUUCGUCGGCUGCUUCAAGGACCUCGUAAUGAAUAAUGAAGCCGUUGACGUUGCGAGCUUCGCGCGGGAACAGGACUCAGGGUCAAUUAAAACGCUGUGCCAUGUGCAGCCGCAGCAAUGCCCGUCGCAGCCCUGUCUCAAUGGAGGUGGCUGCACAGAAGGUUGGAAUCGUUUCGUGUGCGACUGCACAGACACCACCUUCACGGGGCCGACCUGCG